UUUUAUCGUCAUCAUCGAAAGAGCAGGUCUCGACCACUCGAUUUACUGAACCGUUGAAGAAGGCAAAACAAUGGCAGCCAUGGCUGCGCUGCAAAGCUCAAUGACUGCUCUUUCUCUUUCUUCAAACUCCUUCUUGGGCCAACGUCUCUCAAUCCCUCCUUCUCUCUCCCCUCUUCAUGUCAAGCCAAGAGAGAAUCCAUUUGUUAUUGUAGUGAAGCUUAAACAUUGGGAACGGAAGAAAUGUAAGCCAAACAGCCUUCCGGUUUUACAUAAAAUGCAUGUUAAGGUUGGAGAUACCAUUAAAGUAAUAUCAGGCCGUGAUAAGGGCAAAAUUGGAGAGAUAACCGAGAUCUUUAAGCAUAACAGCACCAUUGUAGUGAAAGAUAUAAACCUGAAGACUAAGCAUAUGAAGAGCAGAGAAGAGGGUCAACCAGGACAGAUAAUUAAGAUUGAAGCGCCUAUUCACAGCUCAAACGUGAUGCUUUAUUCUAAAGAACAAGAUGUCACUAGUCGGGUGGGUCAUAAAGUGUUAGAUAAUGGGAAAAAGGUCCGCUACCUCAUAAAGACUGGAGAAAUCAUCGACAGUGAUGAAAACUGGAAGAAACUGAAGGAAGCUGGAAGAGAGAAAACUGAAGUCAUGGCUGCUUCUGCCGUCUCUUAGAACCUAAACUCGUAACUUCAAAAUUUAAUGUGGCUUCUGGAAAUCUAGAUGUUAUUCUCUGUUCACUUCCAUGUUUUUUCUCCAAUUACUUUAAACAUGCCGAUUUGUAAGUCUGAUUCUUUUUGCCAGCAGUAAAUAUCUCUGUUGAUCUAUGAUUAUACUGUAUGGCAAUCCAAUGUGUAGACUAAAUAUGAAAGUUAUUUUCAAUUGUACUUAACCCAAUCAGAGAGUUCAUUAGCUUCAUUCAGAGUCCAGGGUAGAUUGUCACAUUGUCCAGGGACUGGAUGAUGAAAGGGGCAUAAACUUCAAAGCUUGUUGUUCUUAACAAUCCAUGAUCAUCUCAAGAAACUUGUUAGAUGUCAUAGGCAGAGGCCACAUCUGGUCAUACUUUAAGGCUCUAAGCCCAAGGGAUUAAUAAUGGUGUACUU